CAAUUUGUUGUUUAAUCGAUAAAUUCAAAACACAUUUUCCUCAUUAACCUGAACGCAGAGAAAUAUUAAAAGAUGUCUCUUUUUGAAAAUGCAGAUAGCAUUUUGUUGCUGAAAAAACUUCUUCAGAAUCCUGAAAAUGAAGACUCAAGUUCUGACUCAGAAGAUGAGAAUCAAUCUAAAAGGAAGAAUUUAGGACCUUCUAAUUUCGGUCCAAGACCGCAAUCAAACGCUCUAACAAAACCCGAUUCUUCGUUGAAACCUGAACCAAAAAAAGACCAAUCCAUUGAAGAGUGGUUAGAAGCACAAGAAAAAGAAGACAAUGAUAUUUUGGAAACUCGUAAAAGACCAGAAUAUAAAAUCACUUAUAAACAGUCAGUUGGAACAGAAGAUGUAUUUCUUCAGAUGGGAAAUAAAACAAGUGCAUCUAGUAGCUGUGAAGAUAUGAUUAUUGAAAUUGAAAUGCCCGAAGAAACUGUUGCAGUUCAUCAGAUGGAUAUUUCUGUAACAGAAAAUGAAAUUGAUUUAGCCACUCCGAUGUACAGGCUCAAAUUGCCAUUGACACAUCCGAUAAAUCCUGAUAAAAGUUCAGCAAAGUACUUUACGGAACGUAAGACACUGUGCUUGACAUGUCGCAUGAAUCGCGAAUAUGAUUAUGUUAAUUUUUAGAAAAAUAACCUGAAAAUAAAUACAUUUUUGGUCAGAAUUUGAAA